UUGAUUUGUCAUAUUGUUCCAUGGUCCAUUGAAUGCGAAUGUAAAUAAGUCAUAUGAUACUGGACUCUGAACUUUUUUGUCACAACCAACUACGCACAUCAUUUUCACUAUGGAACGCGGGUGUCUACAUUUUCUCAUAUAUGCAGCACUGAUCUCGAUUGGGCUAGCUCGUUAUGCUGAGGAUGAGGAUUCAACCAGGCACAUGUUCAGAUUGUGGUGUCAGGAGUAUAAAGUGUUUUACAAGUCGCACACAAUGAUGGAAGAGAAAUAUGCGGUGUUCCACUCCAACAUCAAGCACAUCAACUGGCUGAAUGACGUUCAUGGUGGCGAUACUGAAUUUGGACUGAACCAAUUUGCAGACCUGAGUCCAGAGGAGUUCAGUUCCAAGAUUCUCAUGCCGAGAAGACCGGCUCCUGUCUUUGAGUCUACAAGGUACAUUCGAGGCAUGUCAUCCAAUUUUAUGGACCUUCCAGACUCCUUUGAUUGGGUGGAUAAAGGUCGUGUGACCCCAGUGAAGGACCAAGGUGACGUAGGAACAUGCUGGGCCUUUAGCACAGUAGAAAACAUUGAAGGUCAGUGGAUUCAGGAAGGUCACCCGAUGACCAACCUGUCUGUGGAGCAAGUAGUGGACUGUGACAGCAUGUUUGACCAUGGGGGCAAUACCACCAACGCAGACUGUGGUGUGUUUGGGGGCUGGCCCUACCUGGCCUAUCAGUACGUCAUGAAGGCGGGAGGUCUAGAGACAUGGGAGGACUAUGGGUACUGCUGCGGGCUGGGAGGCAAGCCAGGAACCUGUUCCAUAUGCCCAGCAGCGGGCUACAACUGGACCCUGUGUGGGCAGCCCACCUGGUUCUGUAACAUGACCCAGAGCUGCGCCGCCAAGAUUGACCCCAAGAAGUUUGUACCAGGUCUCAAGGUCGUUGAUUGGAGAGCAGUAGAUCAGAAUGAGACGGUGAUUGCCAGUCAGCUAAUGGAGAUUGGUCCACUUUCUGUUGCCAUGGAUGCAACCAUGCUACAGUUCUACAAGAAAGGAGUCUUCAACCCAGUUUUCUGCAGCAAGACGGCCUUGGAUCAUGCCAUAUUGCUGGUCGGCUUUGGAACUGAAAAAGACCUGUUCAGCUCAAAGCCAUAUUGGAAGGUGAAGAACUCGUGGGGAACAAAAUGGGGAGAAAACGGCUACUUCAGAAUGGCCCGAGGCGCAGGGAUAUGUGGCAUCAACACACAGGUCACAACUGCGGUGCUACAGAAGUAAAAUAAGCAGCAAAUCACCAUGAAAAUGUUUAUGUUAGAUUUGUGUAUAUGAUGUGAUAUUUUCUUUUCAUAAGUGAUUUGCCUUAAAUUGGAAAGAAAUUUGAGUGGAAAAUAAUUGUGUUAAAAUUCAUUUUAGUAUUCUUGAGGCUUCUAUAGCAGAUCUUUUUUAAUUAUUUAUUUGUUGUUUUUUUUCUUAGUUUUUUGUUGAUAGAAUUAAAACUUCAAGGUUUGAAAUGAUACACUGUACGCCAUGUCAGUUAACUAAGUUAGUCAUUUUAUUUAUUUUACUAGCUAUGAUAUUAAACUUUUGAAAAACUCACACAAAUAACUAAAUUUAUGAAUGAUAUUAUAUAAUACAAAUUAUAUACAGGAUAUUGGUCCACAUGUUUUCUUACAUACAAAUUAAUCAGUAGUGGGAUUAUAUUUUUACAAAUGUUUUUGAACCAUAAAAAAUGUACGAUUUUGUAUUUUUAUUAGGAAUUCAUUCUUACAGAUUGCCCACAGAUUUCUUAUUUCCAUUAAAAACAAACUUGAUUUAAAAUUCAAAUUUAUGACAUAAUAUUUGAAAGGCUUCCUAAAUUGAAAACAAUUAUGCAUAUUGAUUUUGCUCACAAAUAUUGCUCUUGACCCUCAGUUAGUGGAGUGAUAUUGUCAUUGUGAUGUAAAUUUCAGGAAACCAUACAUGUUCUGUGAAUGUGAAUGAAUUGUGUCCAGGAACUGUAUAUGAUAGAUGCUAAUAAAACUGUAUUUUUUUGUCUUUAUCAUAUUGUUAAAUUUGAAAGGGUUGUAACUAUAAUAUUGUGAUAAAAAAGUUUAAAUUAAGAAAAGAUAUUUGAGUGUAUUGUAUUUUCCUUUUUAAAACCCUUAAUAUUGUUUAGGUAUUAUAUGUUCUGCAUGUUUAGAAUGACAUUGAAGUUGAGUCUAAACAUGCAUUGUGUUUAAAACUAGCUUACCAUUUUCUCCUCAUUGUCUUGAAAUAAUCUAUUGAAAAUUUGUUAGACCAGUUUUAGAAAUUUAUUUGUGUCUAUAAGUCUAGGAUUUUCGCCUUAAUGGUGCUACCAUUUGUCGUUUAUAUUGGUUAUAUUAAUAGAUGUUGUAAUAUUUUUAUAUUGAAAUAUGAACAUGAAAGCAAAUUAAUCA